ACCAGUCGCGCGGCGGAGGGGCGUGGCCAGAGCCCUGGCGCGCAGGGGGGUGGGGCCGGCGGCGGCUCAGCACGCGGCUGGCCUCGAGACCUGGCGGUGCGCGGGUGGGCGAGGACUUGGCUGGAGUGGGGUCUCCGACGCUGCAUGAUCAGCCGCUCUGCCCCGGCCUUCCGCCCGGGCGGUCGCCCCGGAACUGUGCGCUCUGAGACGUUUCUUGAUGGUCGCCGACUUCCCAACAUGGACGGUGGAAAAGUUAGUUCGGGCUGAACGAGCUCCCUGAGAGCCGCGGCGGGGUCCGACCAGCCCGCUUCCGGCGGCGAGGUGUCGGUGUAGCUCGUCACCCGAGCAGAGACUGUGAAAAUGCUGAGGAGAAAAGUGCCCCUCAGAUGAGCGUGGUCGGCGACCAGUUUCUCCCGAAGGCGAUGGCAGGGACCCAAACAAGCAGGGUUUGGUGGCUGGCUGCAAACUGAGGGCUGCCAGGCGGGAUGGACCCCUGUGGAGACCCGGCAGUCGGCGGCGACUGUCCCCACGACAGGGGACAGGAGGGUCCGCUGCUGGGCACUUCCGUGGACAGCAGCCACAGUGAACAUGAAGACAGAAACAGAAUAUCUGAAGAACUUACAAUGAUUGUCCAAGAAAUGAAAAAGUAUUUUCCAGCCGAGAGACACACUAAACCCAGCACCCUAGAUGCCCUUAACUAUGCCCUUCGCUGUGUGCAUAGCGUGCAAGCAAACAGAGACUUUUUCUCAAAUCUCAGUCCACACGGAGCACCUCAGACAGACGUGUCUGCGCACGGUCUUGAGGAGCUGGCCGGUCUCACUUCUGAACAUGCUUCCAAGAACACAGAUACCUUUGUGGCAGUGUUUUCCCUUGUGUCUGGACGGCUAGUGCACAUUUCGGAGCAGGCUGCUUCGAUCCUGAACUCUAAGAAAGAUUUCUUGACGUCCUCGUGCUUUGUCGACCUGCUUGCCCCUCAAGACGUGAGGGUGUUCUACACACACACUGUUCAGAGUCAGCUUCCUUUCUGGAGCAGCCGGACCCAAAGAGCUUCACAGUAUGGAUAUGCAUCAGUGAAAUCCUUCUUCUGCAGAAUCUGUGGAGGUGGAGACAGAGCACAAAAGAAGCAUUACUCUCCGUUCUGGAUCCUCCCGUAUUUGGUUCACGUCCAUAGCUCUGCCCAGCCAGAACCAGAGCCUUGCUGUCUAGCACUGGCUGAGAAGAUUCACUCUGGUUAUGAAGCUCCUCGAAUCCCUGUAAAUAAAAGAAUUUUUACUACAACACACACCCCAGGAUGUGUGUUUCUUGAAGUAGAUGAAAGGGCUGUGCCUUUGCUGGGUUACCUACCUCAGGAUCUGAUUGGAACAUCCAUCUUAACAUAUGUGCACCCUGAAGAUCGGCCUCUGAUGGUUGCCAUACACCAAAAAGUUUUAAAGUAUGUUGGCCAUCCUCCAUUUGAGCACUCGCCCAUCAGAUUCUGCACUCAGAAUGGAGAUUAUGUCAUUCUGGAUUCCAGCUGGUCCAGCUUUGUGAACCCCUGGAGCCGGAAGGUUUCCUUCAUCAUUGGUCGGCAUAAAGUUCGAACGAGCCCUUUAAAUGAGGAUGUUUUUGCUACCAAAAUAAAAAAGGCCCUUAAUAACGACAAAGACAUAGCAGAUUUGCAAGAACAGAUUCACAGACUUCUUCUGCAGCCCAUUCACGCCAGUGCUUCCAGUGGUUACGGGAGCCUGGGCAGCAGCGGUUCACAGGAGCAGCAGCACGUCAGCAUCCCCUCUUCCAGUGAGUCAAGUGGACACUGUGUGGAGGAAGCACAGAAGGAGCAGAUGACCUUGCAGCAGGUCUACACCAGUGUAAACAAAAUUAAGAAUGUGGGUCAACAGCUGUACAUUGAGUCAAUGGCCAGAUCAGUCAAGCCAGUGAUGGACACGUGCGUGGAGCUGCAGGGUGGUGAUGAGCAGAAGGACUUUUCUUCCUCUCAGACACUGAGAAAUAAAAGCAUGGAUACUGGCUCUUGUGAUGACCCGAGGCGAGAACAGCACAGCUCAUCCUACCAGCAGAUGAGCUGUAUCGACAGUGUCAUCAGGUACCUGACAAGCUACAGUCUCCCGGCCUUGAAAAGGAAGUGCAUAUCCUGCACAAACACGUCUUCAUCCUCAGAGGAAGCCAAGCAAAACCACGAUGCGGACUGCAGCACAGCGCUACGAGAGACUGAACAGAUCCUGAACAAACCUCAAAAAGAAAUGCCAACAACUGGACCGUCCACAGAUGCUGAAGGAGGUGCUGCGUGGUCCCUGUCCCCUGCUGCACUAAGCACGGGGUCUGGCAGAAGCCAGUGCAGCUGCAGCGGCACCACUGUCCAUGUCCCGCCCCUACACUCAGCAGAGGGUGUUGCCUUAGCAUGUAAGCCCUGGACCCUGAGAACACAGCCAUCGGCCCUGACUGCGGAAGAAUUUGAGCACGUGGGGCUCACAACAGCUGUCCUCUCCGCACACACGCAGAAGGAAGAACAGAGCUAUGUUGACGGGUUCCAGGAAAGGAUCCUGACCUCACCCUACAGCUGCUAUCUGCAGAAAAAGAGCAAAAGCAAUGCUAAGUACUCCUGUGUUCAAGGCUCUCCUAAGCAGACCAGAUGUGCUGGAAGUGGGAGACGGAAGCACAAACGGAAGAAGUUGCCAGUGCCUUUGGACACCAGCAGCUCCAGUGCUGACUUCUGUUCCCAUGUCAGAGGACUCCUUCCCAGUGUACAGCCCUGGAGCCCUUCUGUUGUCUCCUCCCCGCACGCCUCCAGCCUAGCUUUCCCAUCAGCCCUGGUAGCUCCCAAGCAGGACCCCUGUCUCCUUUCGUCUUUUCCUCUCCAAGUUGCCUCUCUGGGAGUAGGGAGCUCUGCAGGCUGGGCAGCUGCAGCUGAAUGCCCGCCUCUGUCCGCUGGCCCGCAGCCUAUUUCAGCUUUCCCCUCUGCUUACUUGGACACGUUCAUGACCAUCUUCCUGCCCGGCCCCCCAAUCUUCCCUCAGUGGUCAGCAUCAUUCUCCCCAUAUGCAUUCCUGGGGGCUGCAGGUUCUUCUGAAAUGACACCCUUAGUACCAGCGAUGGCUCCACAUCUGGAACCAACUUGUUCAGACCACAGCCACGGGAGAAUGGAGGGAAGCUGGGAGACACACGGCGAAGAGCAUCCAUUUAUUAGUUCAAGGAGCAGUUCGCCUUUACAGUUAAAUUUACUCCAGGAAGAAACGCCUGCCCCAUCUGAAUCUCCAGAUCCAGUGAGAAGAGCUGCUGGCCCAGAAGUUGAGUGUCACUGUGUCACAGGGAACGAUGGCAGUAGGAGCAGUCAUUGUGCCGCCAGUGACCUGGCCACACCAUCAGUGCACCAGGAGUCUCUGUCUACAGCAGCCUCAGGAAGUGUACACUUCAGUAACAGUGACUAUUCUGGAAUUUCUGAAAACGGACAGAGGUCUCAGAAUAGACAAAAAAAUGAAGCCUUGCCCUGGGUGGCCGAAGAGUCUAUCUGGAGAAUGAUAGAACAAACACCAGACCGUGUUCUCAUGACAUACCAGGUGCCCGAGAGGAGAAGAGAAGAGGUGCUGAGGGGAGACCUGGCAAAGCUCAGCAGCAUGGAACAGCGGCAGCCCCAAUUCUCUCCUGCACAGAAGGAGGAACUGGCCAAGGUGUGCUCCUGGAUCCGCAGCCAGACUGCCCCUCAAGAAGGACACCUCCAGAGUUGUGUCGCCUGUGAAGACAGAGGUUCAGUUGGUGACACUGGAGAGGCCUGUGAACAUCAGGCAUCAGAAGACACCAGUUGAGCAACUGUUCACACUUUCUCCAGGUCUUGUGGGACACAAAGACGUCUGUAUUACUUCACUAAACUCUUAAAUGACAAAGUCAUCAACAUUAAGAUUUUCCCCUUGCUUUUGUUUUGUUUUGGGUAGCACUGGGGGUCAAACACAGGGCCUCCUUGCACACGCUAGUCUGGCGCUCUCCGCUGCUGACCUGUAUCCCAGCCCUCCCUUCUCGGUUUUUAAUAGGUGACAUUUUCCCAAUCUCUGACCUAGCCAUCUUCUGAAGGCACCAGAUUGCCUCUGAGGAGGUAUGUGUCUGAGAAGAUUUGAUUUCAGAAGUCACUCUGAAUAAGUUCCAAGCCUUAGUCCUGUCUGUUUUGUUCUGUUGCUGCAAAGGCAUUUUCCCAUUGGAAUACUUGAAUUCUGUCUGUAGGCUGUGUAGUUCACAUGAUGUUUUCCAUGAAUUUAACAUAUUGAUCUAGGCUUUGUACAGCAUGGUGCUUCCCUUCAUGGUUAUGAUAAGACAUUCCACCUUUCUCACAGAACAUUAGAGUGCAUUGUUCCCUAGGAAGUGCGAGAGUCAUGGAUUUGGUUGUUUGACCCCAUUCUUGUCCAUGCACUUCCUGUUGGUGUCAGCCUCUCAUGGAAACGCCUUUUGUAAGGUCUCACUGCUUGAACAGGGCUUACUCUGGAGAGUUGAAAUCAAGCCUUGCAUGUUAAAAGAGCUGCUUACUCAGCCAAUCAUAUUUUUUAAAGGUUUUUUUUUGUUGUUGUUACAAAAUAAAUGUGAAAAGUUUUUAAAAUCAUGUUACUGUUAUUCUGGAAAUAUAUGUGCUUAAAUGCUCAGUCUAACAGUUAACUUUUUCUUUUUGCUGAAUUUACACAAAGAGGCCUUCUUGCCGACCAGAGGUCAGAUUGUCAUUGCCUUUCUUUGCCCUUGAACAGGGUUUGGGGCCUGCAGAGUGAGAAACUACACUUAGGGGAACUCGGUGGCCCCAGCCUUCGGGACUGCAGCUCUGUCUCAGGAGUGAGUGUGACUGAUUACCUGUUUGUCCGCUCACUGCCCAGUGCUCUAGACUAGGUAUACCCAAGAUUCCUUCUUCAGCUUCCAGUGACUGUGGAAUCCACCCCGUGCAGCUCAGAGGAAGGAGCUGGCAGGAAAGGCGGUCUGCAGUCUCCUCUCAUGCGCAGUACUUCCAGCAAUCUAAUAGAGUUUUCUGUUUGUUGCUUUGCUUUGGUUCAAGAAAAUACUAUUUUCUCUGACAGUUUUUAGCUCUUGAUAAAUGUCCUGUCGUUCUGAUCAGGAGAAGGUCAUGACGACUGCUGGCCCAGUGCUCCAACUCUGUGGCUUAGACUUCUUUUAUAAAAUAAUGGUUUUUCAGGAUGGCAGUCCUAUCAGAGGGUGUCAAAAACAUUCUCAAGUGCUGCCUAUGACAUUCUUAGAAUUUUCUGGUAUUGCAUAGUUCCACCAAAGGUUCCUGCUGUGUGAAUCGAGACUUCUCAUAGUCUACUCCAUCCCAGUAGAUGGGGAUGUCAGAGCCUGCGUUGGUCAUGCUGGCCUUUCUCCAGUGAAGGGUUGUGGUAUUUGGAGCUCCUGGGACCAUCCUGCAUCCAUGCACACGUACAUCAGACCUGAUGUUCUCUGGUAGGAUGGGCCUUUCCUGUUGGUUCUGAGUACUUGUUUCAUCUACAGCUCCUUAUUUCUUUGCCUUAGUCACCUCUUACGGAGUAUGUAUUAUCCAGGCUUGAUUUGAAACUGGUGCUUGUAGUCUGGAAAGCCCUUAACCAAGUCUCCCUCCCCUCUGCUAGCAUUGCUGUCAGUGCACUCAGAAUCCCUGCUGCUGGGGCAGGUCCAGCAGAGCUUGCUGCCCCCCAUGGGGGCCAUACCCAGUGGAAACCGUUGUUCAAGCUUACUGACUUUUGUAGUAUUAAUAACUAUAGAGUUGGUAACAAAAGUAUGUAUUGUAGACUUCAAUGUUUACAUAACUCUUUCCCCCAAAGCUUUCUUUUCUUGGGUCAUAGGUCCAAAUUUAAGAAAACAAGAUGUUGUGUGAAUGGAUUAAAUGAAACAUCAUUAUAAUUCACAAGGUGGUAAAUUUUAAUCAAAUUAGCAGUUUGUUUAUAAUUAUUAUGAAUUUGCUUGUACUUUAAUGGUUAUUAUUAAUCUUUCCAUUGGUUAUCUUUUUUGAGUAAAAACAAUAAACAGUGUAUGCAUAAAAGUGGAGAAUGUUCUUCAUUGUCUCAGCAAGCCCUGAACAUGCGUGGUGUCAGCCAGAGCUGCUUCCUGCGAUCCCCUGAGCCCCUUCUCCCCCCCAUCCCACAAGCUCAGCAUCACCACUCUCACGAGUGCGCGUCAGUUUGUCUCCAGUCCCCUCUGGAAGAAAGACCCUUCCCAGUGUGUUUCAUCCUCAUCUGAGCCCUGAGAAGACUCCACUGGGUCCCGGAUGUCUUUGUAUGUAUACACAUGUAUAAUGUCAUUCAUUUAUGCCAGUUUAAUAAAACUAUCAAAAUUA